ACUGGGAUGACUCGCCCCUGGUGCUCUGACACUUUGAGCUGCACCCCCAAGACAGUGUUUGGAUUCAAACCAGAGCCAGCAUGACCAGUAACAGUAACUUGUGACUUCACAGUCAGCCACAGAAUUCUGCCAUCAUGGUUCCCCUUGGAAACCUGCAAAGAUUCUGCAGCAGGCUCACUUGGCAGCGUUUUAGAUUAGCUGAAGCAUCUUUGAUAAAUUGGCUGUCUUCGGCUGUCAGUUUAUUAGCAGCUUAUCAGCUUAGUUGUCAAGAUGGGUGGCUGUUGGUCAUGUGUGGCCUGCAGGUCUCACCCAGAGGCAGAACCAAAGGAUGAAGAUGAAGAGGGGGCACUGACAGGUCAUCCCAGAAACCCAACCCAUGUUGCACCAUUUUCUGGGGGACUCCCCAUUGUUUUGGGGGACACUCUGGGGAAAGAGCUCAUUGAGGAACCCUCCAUGCCAGAACCCCUUCCAGCACCUCGCAUCACCAACAACAUCCUGGGCGAAGUGCUCAUUGAGGAACCCUCCGUGCCAGAACCCCUUCCAGCACCUUGCAUAACCAAUGACAUCCUGGGCGAAGUGCUCAUUGAGGAACCCUCCUUGCCAGAACCCCUUCCAGCACCUCACAUCACCAACGACAUCCUGGAGGAAGAGCUCACUGAGGAACCCUCCAUGCCAGAACCUCUUCCAGCACCUGGCAUGACCAAUGGCAUCCUGGAGGAAGAGCUCACUGAGGAACCCCCCGUGCCAGAACCUCUUCCAGCACCUCGCAUCACCAACGACAUCCUGGAGGAAGAGCUCAUUGAGGAAACCUCAAUGCCAAAACCCCUUCCAACACCUUGCAUCACCAAUGACCUACUGGGGAAAGUGCUCAUUGAGGAUACCUCAGUGCCAGGUCCUUCCAUCCUCACAGACACUCCAAAGGAAGUAGCUUCUGUGCCAGAGCCCUUACUAGAGCCUUCCAUUGCUGAUAAUUAUCUUCAGCAAGAAGUAGAACUCCUCAAAGGGUUACAGCAUGACUAUGUCCAGCAGCGUAAGUAUUGCAACACCUCAGAAACCUUUUGCAUAUACACCCAGCACAAAGAUCAGCUGCAGUUUUGAUACCCAGCCCAGAUGAUGGACUAAGCCCUAACACUGCCCUUUUUGCAAGUCACCAGUACUCAGCCUGGUCAGCACAUACAACAUUUGUUCCUUUUUGUUCUCUUUGUUGCCGAACUGAGGGUUCGCCGCAUUUCCCAACAGUUCCCUCGUUCUCUCUGGGCCAUCAACCUGCAAAUUGGACACAUGCGGACAAGGCUCAUCCGCAGUGAAGUUCGGCUGCAGCGGUGGGAAAAGGAAGGGAUGUUCACAGCAUGCCCCUGAAAUUGCUGCUGGGCUAAGAACGGCUCUUUUGUUUAUUUCAUGUUGAAAUGCUUGAUUUGAGUCUGCAUCUAAGGUUUUGGGGGGAGGCCUGUGAGUGGGUUGUCAGUGCUUGCUGAAGUGUUCCUUUGUUUUCUGUCUUUCAUGUGUCCAAGCUCCAGUGCCUGUAAUCCAAGCAGCUUCUCAGAGUGAGCAGUGAGGGCAAGUGAUGGUGGGUGUGGUAGGAUGUCAGCCUUUGCAGCUGACCUCCUGCUUCUUCUCUCUUGCAGAUGUUCCUGCAGGCCCUGCUGCACUUCUUCAGCCCUCUGGGUCUGAUUCAUCGUUGUCCUCUGCCUACCUUGAGGUUGCCUCCAUCCCACCCUCCACCUCCACCUCUUCCCUCCUCCUGCAUCCCUCUCCACCUCCUCCUCCUUCCCCACCUCCUCUGGAGCCGGACCUCAGCAAUGUGAAAGAAACUCUGCAGAGUUUGGUAGAGAUGCAGGUCCAUCAGCUGCGUGACCGUCUCACAGAGGCAGCACUCCAUAACCUCUACCUUUUCCAUCCUCAUUGUGAAUUUACAAUCUAAAAAACUUAUAGUCUAAAAACAGAGGCAGGGAUACGAUAGAAGAAGUAGAGGGAAGCUGAAGUGGGGGAAAGAUGUGUUUGUAUUUCAGCUGUACCUCCUUAGGACCAGGGAGACCCAGGUUUGAAUUCUCAUCCAGUCAUGAAACUCUCUGGGUGACUUUGGGCCAGUCACUUGUCCCACAACCUAACUUACCUCUUAGGGUUAUUGUGAGGAAAAAAUAACCAUGUAUAAACCUCCCUGAGCUGCUUGAGGAAGAGCAGAAUAUGAAUGCUAAAAGGAAAACAAAUAUCAGCCCUUUUGAGUUUAAGCUGAGAUGAAACAGGAAACCAAGGAGGAUGGUAUACAAUUGUGCAUAUUGCAAAUCCUCCUUAUAGUGUCAUCAAUGUACAUGGGCAAAAGUUCCCUGCCACCAGGAGCAUUACAGUCUAAAGUUUGGCUUUGGAGAGAGAAGUGAGGAAGAGGAGGAAUGGGAGAGAAAAGCAUAAGGGGCAUUCAAUUAAAGCUGAUGGAGCUGCCUCUACUGAGGCAUUACGCCAAAGGCUGCGCAGUGGAGGUGGGUUUUCAGGUAUCAUUGGAGGGAUAGGAGAGAGAUGAGGGGCCACAUCUGAGUGGCUGUUCCAGACCCAAGGGUCAGCAAGAGGGAAGAGAAAGAGUUGUUUUAGAGAGCAGGAGAUCUUCAGGUGGCUCCUGAAGACAGAGAAGCUGGAAGAGCAAAAAUCAACCUGACGAGGUGCAAGUUCACCGGGGGGGUGGGGGUGGAGGGUUAUAGCCAUGGAGGGUUUUCAAGACAGAGAGGAGGAGUCUGUGCUGGGCAUGGAAGGGGACUAGAAGUCCAUGCAGGGACUGACAUGGUGGAGGACAGGCUCCUUCACCCUGUUUGUUUUCUCUCCUUCAAGGCCAAAGAGACCUCCACAGCUGCCAGGAAUGCUUACAAAGCUUCAAGGCACUGAGGGGACAAUUGAGGCGGCUAAGGAGCAGACUGGCCAGGGUGGAAGCCACAAUGGGGAUCGUGGUUCCUCCAAGGGAGCUGGACGUUGCUGAGGAAGAAGGGGAAGGCAAAUUAAAAGAGACAACUGUGCUACUAUUUACAUAAGUAGCAAUAAAAUGCUGUGUAUAUAUUUUUAAAAAAUUAAAUAUUUGUUUUAAUAGGAUGUAGAGAUAGAACAGCAAUAAAACUUGCAUAUUUAUUGUUUAAAAAAAUAAAA